GCUCGGCGGGCGCCCCGGCCCCCCGGUCGGUGGCAGGGGGUGGCAAUGCUACCUCUCACCCGCGUGGCUCCCUGACCACGUCAUCGCUGCAGCUGAACCCGCCGCGGCCCCCGCUUCGCGAAGGGCCGUCGGGUUCCGGUACCCCCUCGGAAGAUGACAUCGCCAACGAGCUCCUCAUCGACGACUUCCCUCCCGGUCACCCGGAUUGCCGCCCAGGGGAAGUCACCUGCUUCCUAUCCAGAGAUGCUGCCAUGGAUGCGGAGGAGGAGCGCCUUCGGUUUUCUCUAUUGGCGGCGGCUCCAGGUGCCCCGGCGGAUUUGCCAAUUGAGGGCUUUCGCCGCGCGAUCGCUGAAUUGCCGGUGGCUGGGUCGGACAACUUCUCGGUGCGCCAAUUCUGGCCUGAGAGUUUCCUGGUCUCCUUCACGUCGCAGCGCGCCAGAGACGCGGCUAUGGAUGCGCGGUUUGUGCAGGUUGGCGAUCUCCGUUUCUCCCUCCGCCCCUGGACGCGGCUGGUCCGGGCGAACGCCGGCUCUUGCCUCUUUCGUGUGUCUCUAGAGCUGGAUGGCAUCCCUGCGCACGCUUGGUGCGCCCGCACAGCUAGGAAAAUCCUUGCUCCUGGUUGCUGGGUGGAGCAGGUGGCGUCUGCUCCCGGUGACGGGCUGAACCUGCGGGUGAUGAAGGUGCAGGGAUGGACUGACGACCUGGCCCGUAUCCCGAAGCGUUGUAGGCUCUGGAUUGUAGAGCAUGAACAGCAAGUCUCUUAUGACGACCCGAUGAUGCAGAGUAUUUGGGGGAACCCUCCGCCUUACCUACGGCAGAAGAAAGGACUUUUUUAUGACAUCGUCAUCCGGCUUCGCCAUGUCGCGGAUUUCCGCUCGCGCUCGCCGACACCAUCCCCUUCACCCCCGUCCAGCGAUGGGGGGUCUGAUCGUGAUGGUGACCCCGACCGGUACGCCCCUGGAGGGGACGGGGUCGGACCGCGGCUGCACGGUUUCCCCACGCGGCAAGGAUUCGAGGACGGCUCCUUCUUCAGCGGUGAAGAUGUCGCUGCUUCGGGUUCCUGCUCCAGGCGUGUCUCUUCGGCGCCGCCGCCGUCCCAGACGCUGCGGCGGCCCGACGCCCCUGUGACGGCGCGCUCGGCGGUGGCCUCUCCUCGACCCCAGCCACUCGUCCGCCCGUCGGUACCUCUACUUGGCGGGUCUGACCCCUGUGUGGACGCGUCUGGCCACCCCGUGAUCACCCUCGCCGCCUCGGCUAUGCCCCGUCCGGUGCAUUGCCAGGACUCUUCGCCGCCACGCCCUGUCGCUGUGGCACCGCAGGGAUGUGAGCAUCGGGGGUCAGGUCGCCUUGGGAGGCGCCCUUCGGCUGACCUCACACCCGAUCUGUUCCCGGCCAUUCCGUCUUCUUCGCCUCCGCCUCGUGAUGAUCCAAUGUUGCUCGAAACUACCAUUGUGUCUCUGUUGCCGAGGGACCAGUCGCCUGGCUUGGAUGAGAUUGGAGUUCUGCAGGCCUGGGAGCACCCAACCCCUCCCUGCACGUAUUCCAGACGUCCCCGUCGCUCGCAGGGGUUGCCGGCGGACCCCUCUUCGUCUGAGCAGGUGCCGCCGACGCAGGUGAUGACUACACCUCCGGAACCUUAGCUAGAGUCACCACCGUCCC